AUGUAUGGUUUGUGGUUGUUUCUAUUUAUUAUUUUACUAAUAUACAUUCCGUUGACCCGAUGUGUGACGACUGCUUGCACCGACACGGAAACGUCCACAGCUUUCUGCACGGAAACCACCACGGAAAAUACCACGCACGGCGAUAGCGAAGCUGAAAAGCAGAAGCUGCUCGGCGUGCUCAAGCAAGCUCUGCAGAAGGCCAAGCAAAUCGACACCGACGCGCAAAACACUAUACAGGGUGUCGAGAGGGAGAUAUCCUCCCAGGAAGCUUUCGUCGACAUGAGCAAGACUAAAGAGUCGGAACUGAAAGCGAACCUCAGCAGCGUCGAAAAGGAAAUGCAGGAGGUCCAAAAAUCGGUGGACGAGUCCAGAAAAGCAGCUGGCGAAGCUAGCAGCAACGUGGACAAGGUGGACGAUAAGAGGGCCCUAAGAAAACAUCACAGAAUGAUUUUAUAUAAGGAUUAA